AUGAAGUUCAACACCGCCAUCAGCGCUGCAACCUUUAUCUCCUUCGUCGCCACCCGAGUAAUCCAACCGCUCUCAACAUCCCCCAAUCUCGAAACCAACGACUUCCAACUGACCACCGCCUUCUGGGACGAUGACUACGCCUCGCCCAGCGAAUGGGCCACCUACACAACCAAAGGCGGCGCCCUCAUGUGCGGCCUAACUGGCUCCGACGAAACCGCCGGCUCCCUCCUCCAAGACACGCGUAACCCCCGCUCAGCCGCCAGCCCCUUCACCAGCGACCUCAAAUCCGAGCUCUCAGCCUGGCACUGGCGCAGCGUCAACCCUUCCUCCUUCAGCUGCAGCUUCUCCACCCAUUGGGGCUUCCCGCACGCCAUGCGCUCGCUAGGUCUCAGUGGUACAUCAGCCACCCAGGGCGGCGACAACCACUGUUAUAGGAUUGAACAUUGGGAACCGGACAUGCAGGAUGAGCACGGGAACCAGGUGCCUGCGAUAAAUCAGUGGUAUAGUGUUCCUGGGGUGGGAAGGCAGUAUCGUGCAACAAAAGCCCACUACGAAUUCGCCAUUAAUCCCCGCGGCGGCGCACUAUUCGGCCUCUUCCUCGAAAGCCCACAAUCCGCCGCCCGCACCCUCUGGUACGCAGGCAAGCGCUCCCCGAACCUCGAGGACCUGCCCGCUCUACGCGCCUUUUCGGAUAUUCUAUGGGGAUACUGGGUGCGCGACAAUGCUCACGUGGGGAAUGUGCGGUUUUUGUUCAUGAUAGGGAUUUCGAAUGAUGUUACGAAUAGGCUUAUUGCGAGUGCGUUACGGGAUGUACAACAGACGUUGGGGGAGUGGCCCGGGACGGAGUUUGGGAUGGGGACGGAGCAAGGGAAGGCGUUGCUAGGAUCACCGAAUGGAGCGGCCUUUGCGUAUUUUCUCAUGCAGCAUAAGGCGCAGUUGGGGCAGAAGAUUAUCACCAAGGUUACGGUUUUCCGGCCGGAGAACGAUGACGAUGUGGAUUUUGUGGAUGCGUCCUUAUGCUUUCAUGUUGCGGACGGGGGACAGGUAGCUGGAGAGGAGAUGGGGGGGCGCAUUGUGAGUAGGAAUGUAGCGGACGAUGGGACAGCUAGGAGUUUGACUAGGGUGCAUGAAGUUCAUGCCUAG